GGUGGGGUGAGGAAAGAACAGAAUUAAUUUGACCUAAAAGGUGGGCCACUCAUUUUAGUCCUUGCAGUGCACUCUGAAACAAAAAUUACCUGAAGUUGUAAAGCAGAACGCUUGGUGGCGCUGCAGGCUAAGAAAACGAAACCCUGCAAAAUGCGUGACUGUAAAAGCAGAGCCAUUUCUUGGAACCGAGAGGGGAAGCUUUUUACAUUUCUGCCGAUAGAGCCUUUCAGAGAGGCAGAUACCCCCGUUUCCAGCGACGUUAGAAAGAAAAGAGGCUCAAAUUUAUUAAGCCAAGAAUCCUGAGUUGCUCACAAAGCAAUUCUUGGGUGACUAACUGCUGCAUCUUUUGGAGCUGAGGAACAAUGGAGACAUCACUAGACAAGGCACUACGGAGAAGGCAAGUGACCGCCAUUAUCUUUCUGUUACUAUUGUGGGAGGCAGGAAGUGUGAGCAUUAAGUAUUCGGUUCUAGAGGAGACAGACAGGGGCUCUUUGGUGGGCAACCUAGCCAAAGAAUUAGGACUGAGCUUAAGGGAGUUGGUCGUCAGGGGUGCCCAGAUUCUUUCCAAAGGGAACAGACAGCUCUUGCAGCUGGAACAGAAGAGUGGAGAUUUGCUCCUGAAAGAAAAACUGGAUAGAGAGGAGUUGUGCGGGAGCACCGACCCGUGCAUCCUACAUUUCCAGGUGUUACUAAAUAGCCCAGUGCAAUUUAUUCAAGGGGAAAUACAGCUUCAAGAUGUAAAUGACCACGCCCCAGAAUUCAUGGAAGAUGAAAUCCUCCUUAAAAUCGUGGAAAGCAGCCAACCAGGGGCUAUGUUCCCAUUGAAAAUAGCUCAAGAUUUGGAUGUAGGUAGCAACACAGUUCAGUACUAUACAAUCAGCGUCAACUCCCAUUUCCACCUUCUCACCCGCAAUCACAGCGAUGGCAGGAAAUAUCCUGAGCUGGUGCUGGACAAAGCGCUGGACCGGGAGGACCAGGCACAGCUUAGAUUAACACUCAAGGCUGUAGAUGGUGGGUCACCUCCCAAGACUGGGACUACCCAGGUUCUCAUUGUGGUCCUAGACAUUAAUGACAACGCCCCUGAAUUUGUCCAGGGGCUCUAUGAAGUGCAGGUUCAAGAGAACAGCCCUGUGGGCUCCCUAGUCAUCACCGUAUCCGCAAGAGAUUUAGAUGUUGGGACAAACGGGGAGCUCUCCUACGCCCUUUUUCAAUCCUCAAAUCAAGUCCUCCGGGCUUUUGAAAUAAAUACAGACACCGGAGAAAUUAGGGUAAAAAAGCGGUUGGACUUCGAGGAAAUUCAAUCUUAUCGCAUGGAAAUCGAGGCCUCUGAUGGGGGAGGACUUUCAGGAAUAUGCACAGUGGUCAUAGAUGUGAUAGAUGUAAAUGACCACGCCCCUGAACUCACCAUGUCAUUACUCAUGAGCGAUAUUCCGGAAAACUCCCCUGAAACUGUAGUGGCGAUCUUUGGAAUUUCAGACCCAGACUCUGGAGACAAUGGGAAAAUGGUAUGUUCCAUCCAAGACCAUCUGCCCUUCCUUUUGAAACCUUCUGAAGAAAAUUUCUACACUUUAGUAACUGAAGGAGCACUGGACAGGGAGAGCAAAGCUGAGUACAACAUCACCAUUACAGCCACCGAUUUGGGCUCACCCAGGCUCACAACCCAGCACACCAUAACAGUGCAGGUCUCAGACAUCAAUGACAACGCCCCAGCCUUCACCCAAACCUCCUACACUCUGUUUGUCCGUGAGAACAACAGCCCCGCCCUGCACAUAGGCACCAUCACAGCCACAGACUCGGACUGUGGCUCAAAUGCCCACAUCACCUACUCGCUGCUGCCAUCCCAGGACCCGCAGCUGGCCCUCACCUCUCUGGUCUCCAUCAACGCAAACAACGGGCAGCUGUUCGCGCUCAGGGCGCUGGACUAUGAGGCCUUGCAGGCCUUUGAGUUCCGCGUGGGCGCCACAGACCAAGGUUCUCCAGCUCUCAGCAGCCAGGCGCUGGUGCGCGUGCUGGUGCUAGACGACAAUGACAAUGAGCCCUUCGUGCUGUACCCAUUGCAGAACGCCUCUGCACCCUGCACAGAACUGCUACCCAGGGCGGCUGAGCCUGGCUACCUGGUCACCAAAGUGGUGGCAGUGGACCGCGACUCUGGCCAGAAUGCCUGGCUGUCUUUCCAGUUGCUCAAGGCCACGGAGCCUGGGCUGUUCAGUGUGUGGGCUCACAAUGGCGAGGUGCGCACCACCAGGCUGCUGAGCGAGCGCGAUGCAACCAAGCACAGGCUACUUCUGAUGGUCAAGGACAAUGGCGAGUCCCCGCGGUCAGCUAGCGUCACUCUGCAUGUACUGGUGGUGGAUGGCUUCUCUCAGCCCUACCUGCCUCUGCCUGAGGUGGUGCAUAAUGUGGAGAACGAUGAGGAUGCGCUAACACUCUACCUGGUCAUCGCCUUGGCGUCUGUGUCUUCCCUCUUUCUGCUGUCUGUGCUGCUGUUUGUGGGAGUGAGGCUGUGCAAGAGGGCCAGAGAGACCUCCCUGGGCUCCUUCUCAGUGCCUGAAGGCCACUUACCUGGACAUUUAGUGGAUGUCAGCGGCGCGGGGACCCUAUCCCAGAGCUACCAGUAUGAGGUGUGUCUAAAGGGAGGUAAUGGAACGAAUGAGUUUAAAUUUAUCAAACCGAUACUUCCCAACUUCUCGAAUGAAGAGGCUUAUAGGAACACCGAGGAAAAUUCCAAUUUUAAGGAUUUUUGGGGGGUUAGCUAGGAAUUUCACUUUGGCCUCCCGUGAUUAAUAAGUCUCCACUGGCGCACAUAUAAUUUCCCAUGCUUUUGCUCAUGUAAAGGGGUCUGUAUUAGCAUGUUACUAAUAGUCAUAUUUAUAGAUGAUACAAAUUGUCCAGUAUUCCUUCCAAUUUUUUGCUGCCAUCUUAGACUCAAGUGCAAAGUAGCUGUGAAAUGUUCUUUCUUGAUUGUAUUUGUUUUCACCACCAUUUUAAAGUCACAGAUGUUUUCAGGUCCCUAGUAUUUGAGCUUGUGCAUUGAUUUUGAAAUUCGUGUUUCAAAAGUUCUGGUUAUUGGUAGGGUGAAUUUAACGUUACUGUAAAUGAUGGCUUUCAGUUUUUAAAGUAAUUUUCAACUUUGCAAACAUUUUGGUGAGCUUCUAAAUCCUAUGAUUCUGUUGCCUGCUUUUAAGAGCUCUAUUUUUUUCCUUCAAAUAAACCAUUGUUUAAUCGGGAUAAUGUUUCUAAAUUGAGUAUUUUCUUUCAAAAUAGAUACAAUUAAUUAAACUAUUUUUUAACAUUCUGGAAAACUCUUAUAUAAAAAUGAUAGACUUUUGACAAAUUUUUCAUAAAUGGCUUCAGUGAUCAGGAUGUAAAGUGAAUAUCUAAAUAAAAAAUAA